UACACUUUCUAUCUCUAUGCAAACUUGCACUCAUCAUAAAGGCGACCCACUCUAUUCGCUAAAUGCACUUAUGCACCAUUCUCAUUCUCAACGCUUCUUUUUUCACACCUAUAAAAUUCCCUCCCAAUUCCCCCCUUCCAAACCACACCAACACAACACUCAUAACCCUCUCUCUCUUUCUCCUCUCACUCACUAGUGCCACUAAUGAGAACUCUUCACAACUACACUCCAACCCUCACUAGACCACAGUGCACAACCCUCGUUCAAUCCACCAAACCCCUACAAAAGAUGGAGAAAAUGAUGAACAUGCCCCAGUUGCGAUCAUCUUCGUUGCCGCCAUUGUCCAAGAAAGUUGGGAAGAGAUGGAAGGAGUACCAAGGAAUGAACAAUUGGGACGGUUUAUUGGACCCAUUGGACGAGAACCUUCGCGCUGAGAUUCUUCGCUAUGGCCAUUUCGUUGAGGCAGCGUAUAAGUCCUUUGAAUUCGACCCUUCUUCCCCAAACUACGCCACAUGCAAGUUCCCAAAGAACACACUCUUUGAAAAGUCUGGGUUACACAACACAGGUUACAAGGUAACAAAACACCUACGUGCAACCUCGGGGAUCAAACUACCUAGCUGGGUAGACAAAGCACCAAGUUGGGUCGCAGCACAAUCGAGCUACGUUGGAUACGUAGCAGUGUGUAACGACAAAGAAGAGAUCAAACGACUUGGUCGAAGAGACAUAGUUGUGGCGUACAGAGGAACGACAACAUGUUUAGAAUGGCUCGAAAAUCUUCGAGCCACUCUGACACAUGUUUCAGUUCCGUCGAUCACAACGGAGACCACAACAGAACCAUGCAGCAUGGAAGAAAAUGGAGCGAUGGUAGAAAGUGGGUUCUUGAGUUUGUACACGUCAACAGUUAGUAACAACAAAUCAUUUAUGAGUUUGCAAGAUAUGGUUAGGAAAGAGAUUGGUCGGAUUCGUAAAACUUACCAAGGAGAGAAUUUGAGUUUGACCAUAACGGGGCAUAGUUUGGGGGCGGCAUUGGCCACUCUCACGGCGUAUGACAUAAAGAACAGUUUCCUCCAGCCGCCGCCGCUGGUGACCGUGAUCUCCUUCGGGGGUCCACGCGUCGGGAACCGUAGCUUUCGGCGGCGGCUGGAGGAGCAAGGGACCAAGGUGUUGCGCAUAGUGAACUCCGAUGAUGUUAUAACCAAGGUGCCCGGGUUUGUGUUCGAUGACGUGGACAAAACUGAGGAUGUUGCGGCAUGCAAUGGCAGUGUCCAAGUGGCGAAGUUUCAGAGAUGGAUUCGAAAACGAGCGGAAGAAGUUCAGUGGCUAUUGUACUCUGAGGUUGGAAAGGAGUUACGUCUUUGUAGCAGGGAUUCUCCGUACCUCAGGGGUGUCAACAUUGCCACGUCUCACGAUUUGAACACCUACCUGCACCUUGUUGACGGCUUUGUCAGUUCCACUUGUCCCUUUAGAGCCACUGCUAAGAGGUUCCUUCAGCAUUGAGUUUGAUAAAUAUUGAUUUAACAGUCAAAAACAGUUAGAAAGUAAAAUGUGUUUAUGGUUGGUUUAAUUUGUUUUAAAUCAACGAUAAAUAUGUUUUUAUUCUACCACUUUUUAUAUACUAUUUUUUUCAUUUUUGAAAGAAUGAGUUUGUAAAUACCAGCGCAAAUCUUAGCAUGGAAAGAAUCAUGAGAAAAAGAGAAAGAGCCCCGGAAAUUAGUUACUAGUAAUUAUGUGAAAAAUCAGUGUUUGAUCUGUCAGUUUUGAUAUAACAUGGCUUUAUUUUUUUUUUUUGGAAUGUACUA